UCUUCUGCAACAAACUGUUUGGAUAGAAGGGACCUUGCUCCAUCCUCCAGCUCCUGACCGGAAGUAGGACGCGGGAACGGAGGCCGGCCGGCGGCAGAGUCCGCGAGCCAUGGCGACGGCUCUCUCCCUCCCGACCACUCCUUCGCCGUCCUCACUCCACCCCAGGAGCAGGGGCGUGGUCGGUGCUGGAGGGUGCGUUCCACCAGCGAGGAGGAGGAGGAGGGCCCGUGUGUUCGCUUCGUGCUCUCGCGAGCCCGCCUCGCGGGACCGCGGGUUGGAGAUGGAGAGGAGGCGCCUUCUGCUGUCCGGGCUCGCGUCUUCUUUUGCAGUCGUCCUCCCGAUUUCAGAAUCAUAUGCUGUCACGGAGACUAAUGAAGAUGUGAAGAUGAACAUGCAGGUUGAUGAGAUCAAUGCAUAUUCUUUUCUUUACCCGGUCGAACUGCCAGAGAAGAAAUUCUCCUUCAAAUGGGUAGAGUCCAGAAAACCGGAGCGAUAUUCCUCUGCAGCGCCACUAUCACCUGAUGCACGGCAACGUAUUGUAUCGGAGCGAGUUGACAUGAUACAUAAUGUUGUUAUCUCAGUCUCGAUUGGGCCACCAAAUUCACGUUUUUUACCUUCUAAAGACAAGAGCAUGUGGGAUCCAAAAGAUGUUGCUGAUUGCAUUUUGUCUGAUAGAUCUACCAUGAAAGUAACAACUGGCCAGCGCAUGACAGAGAGUUCUGUCCUUGAUGCACACUCUACAGAGGUUGAGGGAGAACCAUACUGGUAUUAUGAGUAUCUAGUUCGGAAAUCACCGACAAAAUCUGCACCAGAACCAAAUUUGUUUCGACACAAUGUAGCCUGCACUGCUGAGCGAGAUGGGUAUCUGUACUCACUGAAUGCUUCCGCUCUCAGCAAGCAGUGGGAAUCUGUGGGGCCUUUUCUACAAAAGACUGUGGCAUCCUUUCGCCUUCUCCCCCCUACAGAAAACUAUGUUCCUCCUUACAAGGAUCCCUGGAGAUUUUGGUGACAUGGCCAUUCUGUUUACAGUUUCCUUUUUUCGCUUGAGGUGAUCUUGCAGCUUCAGGUUUUAGACCAUAUUUCUCGUAAUGGAUCUUUAGUGAGUGCUUGUACUUUCAUAUUGAAGAUAAAUCCAGAGAUUGAGUUUGAUUUUUGCCAAUCAACUUGAAAUCGGUUGUUUGGAGUAAUCAAAAGUCAAAUGCAUCUUGGGAGUUAAGACACCAAAAAACACACUACGCGCUUAAUUAUAUUGUUUUCUCCUGCUGCUUAAA